AGAACAUGGCAACGCGUAGCGGCUUACGAUUAGCUUGCAACAUUGAGGGUCCCGCGACUCUGGUACAACACGUGCUAGUCAUCUGUGAUCAACAUUUGCUAUACCGUAUUAAGCCAGCUUGAAGUCGAUAACUUAACUGAUACUUCUAUCAAGAGUUUUGAAAAUAUGCCGGUUGAUAUUGCUGGUUUUGCCUACGCUACGGCGGUUGGUCUUGGCGGGAUCUUGGGUUAUGUAAAGUCAAAUUCUGUCCCAUCCUUGGGAGCUGGUCUUCUCUUUGGAUCGGUAUUAGCUUUUGGAGCAUACCAGACCUCACAAAAUCCUAACAAUUAUAGAGUUUUAUUAGGAACUAGUGCUGUUCUUGGUGGUCUUAUGAGCUACAGAUUUUACAAUACUGGUAAAGUAAUGCCUGCUGGCUUGAUUGCUUUGAUAAGCGCUGUAAUGGUCAUCAGGCUUGGAAUUAGAAGUCUUUCCCCUCCAAUUAAAGCGGACUAAAUAAGAAAGAAAACUAGUACGGCUAGUAAUGUUUUUUUAAUUACAGGUGAUGACAUUUACUUAAAAUAUAGUUAAGACCUUUCUUACUAAUUACAAACUCUUGAAUCUAUUCUAAAGAUUACAUUUGUUAUUUCUUACAUGUAAUAAAAACUAUUUCAGUAUA